GGACUAACAGUUAGCUUGCUUGUUUUUAGCCGAAGGACACAAAAGGCGAAAGGUCAGCUUUUAAUGAGUAGACCAACAAACAAGUUUUAUCAACUAAUAGUUUUAACAAGUAUUUUCUGCUUUGGUUGCCGAGAUGUCUUCAAAACCUUUGGCACCUCUGAUCAAAAAAGCGAUGAAGGUUGUCAUCGUUGUUGAACUUCUUGGAAUCUUUGGAGCCUACAAUCUUUUUCACAUGAUGGACACCAGACAAGAUUUUAGGAGCACAAUGAACAGAAGGUUCCCUAGCAUUCUAGAAGUUUACUACAAGUCCAGCGAGCUGGCGGGCGUCCAUGGUGUGCGUGAGAGAGACCAUCUGGACUGGGGGACCGUGCAGGACUGAUGACUACUUACUGCGCAAUGUCUUGGCGUCUCAGUUGUGGAUUCCGUCUUCACAUUGACUCAGAGGAAGCAGCAUGACAUCACUUCCUGCUGUUCGUCAGUGGGAAAUGUCUGUAGCAAACAAGCUAACUACUGUGUUUGCACCAUGGAGAUGAGUUGAACAGACUUUUCACAAUAAGAGAUUAGAAGACACUGACGCAGACAGCGUCAAUAUGUUGUCUGUCAUGACCGCUCACCUGCUUUGACAGCAUUUUUUUUUAAGUGUUUGCAAAUGUGUUCAAAAUUAAAAAAGGUAAAAAAUCUUUGGGUAGUAUUGCACAAUACUUUGUUGAUGCAUUUUAGCAACAAAGCCAUCUCAAGGCUUAAUUAAUGCCCUAACUCAGACCUCGGCAUUCUGCGGCCCGCAUCCGGCCCUUUGUACGUCCCUGUCCGGCCCGCGUGAGGCCAAUUCUAAAUUACAA